AUGGAGGUCGCAGCGCAGCACACCAAGGAGCUCAUCGAGCGCGAGCUUUCGUCGCCGUCGACGGCGCCGCAGACCUCGAGCGACGCCGCCGCGUUCGACCCCGUGGAGCUCGGACUCGAGUCGGACUUCGUGCUCACCAACUUCAGCGCGCUCAAGGGCUGCGGCUGCAAGCUGCCCCAGGCCAAGCUGCUCGGCUACCUGGACAACCUGGCCAACGACCUCAAGCCCAACGAGACGCCGGGCAUGGACUCGAGCGUGGUCAAGAUCUCGCACGGCCAGGACCUGUACCUCGUGUCCACCACCGACUUCUUCUUCCCCAGCGUCGAGGACCCGUACGUGCAGGGCAAGAUCGCCUGCGCCAACGUGCUGUCGGACGUCUACGCCAUGGGCGUCACCGAGGUGGACACCAUGCUCAUGAUCCUCGGCGUGUGCCGCGACAUGAGCGAGAAGCAGCGCGACGUCGUCACCACGCAGAUGAUCCGCGGCUUCAACGACCUGGCCAGGCGCGCGCAGACCAACGUCACGGGCGGCCAGACGGUCAUGAACCCGUGGCCCAUUGUCGGCGGCGUCGCCAUGAGCGUGCGCAGCGAGAGUCAAAUUAUCCGCCCGGAGAACGCCGUGGUCGGGGACGUGAUCAUCCUCACGAAGCCGCUCGGCACGCAGGUGGCUGUAAACCUCUUCCAGUGGAAGAAGAAGCCUGAGCGCUGGCACCGCGUGGACAAGGUCGUGACCCCGGAGGACGCCGAUGUUGCGUUCCGAAUGGCGUCCGAGUCCAUGAGCCGUCUCAACCUGAACGCUGCCAAGAUGAUGCACAAGUACGGCGCCCACUCAGCGACUGACGUGACGGGCUUUGGCAUCCUUGCCCACGCGCGCAACCAAGCCAAGUCGCAGCUGGGCGACGUGUCGUUCGAGCUCCACACGCUCCCAAUCAUCAAGAACAUGGUCAAGGUGAACGAGACCAUCGGCAACUCGUUCAAGCUGCUGGACGGCUUCGCCGCGGAGACGUCUGGCGGUCUGUUGCUGUGUCUGCCGGCAGAGAACGCGGACGCUUUCAUCAAGGAACUGCGUGAGCUGGAUGGCAUGCCUGCGUGGGUAGUCGGCCGCGUGGUUGCAGGCUCAAAGGAUGCUCACAUUGUGCCGAACCCCACCAUCCUCGAGAUCUCGCCAGAAGACUAG